AUGCUAGGCGUUUCCUACAACUUCGACCGCCCACAGCCCCCGUCUCCGCCAUUUGAGUGGGAGAAGGACCUCACCAUCACCCCGGCCACCCGCGGCUGGCUCCCCGCCACUACUGCCUCGGCCACAGCCCCUAACCUAGGCUCCUUUGAGUCAGCGUCGACCGGAGGAGGAUCUAGGUCUAGACGUAGAGGACAAGAGCGUACCAGCUUUAAACUCGGCGCCCACAAGCGGCGGUCCGCCCAGAUGCGGAGGCAGAUCUUGGGCAAGAACCUCAUCACUUACCUCGACUGCCUAUGUCGCAGGGUGCGGGACACCCUCGCCGGCUCCGCGGCUGGGACUUUGGAGGCCACGCUUGCUCUACAUUUCUCUUCUUUCGCAAAAGUGUGGGAUGGGGGCCUUGCGGCGUUUAGGCAGGUAAUCAACAAUCACCCGCCCAGCGGCCUCAUCGAGGUCGUGGACUGCUUGGUGGUGGCCAGUGCGCUGUGCACAUCAAUGUGUAACGAUGACAGCGCAAUGUAUCUACAGUUCGUAAACGAUCUUGGCCGCUGGAAGGCCGUCCUCGAUCCGGACGAGAUCCCCCUCUUCGACACCAUCGCCUUCUCUCUUUGGGCCUAUACCGAUCUCCCAGACCCCGCGACAUACGAGCGAAACGACAAGGAAAACCUUGCCCGCUUCCAGGAGCUUAUCCAGGACCUAGUCACCCUCGAGCGGAGCCACCACCGCAACCCCGGCCGCACCGCCCCUUACGCAAGUCGCCUUAGCACUAUACAGAAACAGUACACCGCGGCCGAGGGUGGCACCGGUCGCACCGCCACCGCCACCGCCCCCGCCAUGUCCAUACCAAUACCGGCGGGUAAUAUGGCGCGCACGAGGCGGCGGCUCGCCGACGAGGUGGCAUUCACGCCUGAUUCUGUCGGAGACGACGGCACCGGCGCGGGCUUCUCCAUCGACGAAUUUUUCGACGUUGACCGGUUCUUGGCCGAGAGCAUGGGAAGCGAUGCCCCAUCACCGGAGCGGAUCCCGGACCUCGGGCUGUACGACAUCCUAGCUACGACGGCACUGCUGGUAGCAUCCGUGGCGUUUUCGGUCAUUCUGACCUUGAUGUCCUUUCUCCAACUUGGGUUUGACAGUGAAGAGGUUCACCAAGUCUGGCGGCAGAGCCCCGGAUACGACAGGUCAUGCAAUCUUUUGAGUAUGUAUUUCGACAGCAUCGGCGGCUAUAGUAAAAGUGCCGAGGCCACCAGGCUCCUCCGCCCCUUUUCUCUUGACAGGAGGAUCGAGAGCCUCUCCUUGUCCGUUGUGUCGGCGGCGUCCACGACCUACACAGGUUCUCCCGCUUCUUCUAUCAGCCAUCCUAUCCUGGCGCCGCAGGCACGGACGAGUUCCAUGACCAAUCUCAACUCCGUGCCCAAUCGUGACCCAGCUGCCGACGGCGGGCGGGAUGCGAAGCGCUCCCGAUGCCACAGCUGCCAAAAGACCUUUUCCAGCAUCAGCAACCGGAACAAGCACAUGCGCGAAGGGUGCGCCCAACGCACAGAGAAGACGGGAUACCGGUGCCGCAACGAAAGCUGCUCGCGCAUCCUCACCACCAAGUGGUAUCGCAAUGCGCACGAGCAGGAUAGGUGCAGGUAUCGCGGGACGACAGGGGCUGGUAGCGCGGCGGGAUCCUUCGGGUGA